CGGGAGUUACCCCUAGCCCCGCCUGAGAGGUGGGAGCCAAGUGCUUUCUUGGGUGACACAGGAGCAGCUUCUACGUUCGAUUGAGCGGGCCUGGGAAAGGUUCCCAGAAGGCCGCGCGCUGGAGUCUCUGAGCGCAGUCAUGGCGGGCUUGGUGAAGAAGACUACUGGCCUGGUGGGAUUGGCCGUUUGCGACACUCCACACGAGAGGCUAACAAUAUUGUAUACAAAGAUUCUUGAUCUUCUGAAGCACUUUCCUAAACAUGCAGCCUACAGAAAGUACACAGAACAGAUCACCAGUGAGAAGCUGGAGUUGGUCAAAUUGGAACCAGAUGUUAAAAAAUUAGAAAACUUGCUUCAGGGUGGUGAAGUAGAAGAGGUGAUUCUUCAGGCUGAAAAAGAACUAAGUCUGGCAAGAAAAAUGUUGCAGUGGAAGCCCUGGGAGCCACUGGUGGAGGAGCCCCCUGCUAACCAGUGGAAGUGGCCAAUAUAAUCCCCGUGUCUGAUGAUGGAUGUGGAUCUAAUGUGCAAUUAAAUGUUCUGUGAUGC